AUGACCAAGGUGUAUACCCUUGAUCACGAAUCCGACGCAGUCGAUGCAAGGAAGGGCAGCGUGUCAGACCCAGAUGCUGAGUCUAAAAGUACAUCUGACACCAAGGAAGAUGAAGGGAAGAAGGCAAAGAAGAUGGUCAGUUUCUCUCAGCUGUGGCGAUAUGCUACUACAACAGAGAGGAUUAUCUACGAACACAUCUUGAUGCGAGUGAGGCACGAGUACAUGCGGUCUCUGCUUCGUCAGGAUAUUGGGUUUUAUGAUACGCACAGGGGGGGUGAGGCUACUUCCAAACUAGCUGAGACUACUCUUGCUUUGUCUGCCGGAUUGGAAAAGUUUCCGCAAGUGGCGAGGUCUUUUUGUACAUUGAUCGUAGGAUUCUCGAUCGGGUUUUACACGUCUUGGAAGUUGACGCUGGUGAUGAUGGCUUGCGCACCGUUUUUUGCGAUUGCGAUUGGUAUCUUGGUUGCCAGUGUGAGUACAGGAGAGGCAGCUUCGCAGAAGGCAUACGCCAGAGCUGGCGAUGUGGCCUCAGAAGUGUACGCUAUGAUCCGUACAGUGACAGCGUUCUCGGGCGAAAGGCAUGAAGUUUCAAGAUAUGACAAGUUCUUGGCUGAUGCUGAGAAGCAAGGGAAGAAAAAAGGCUAUGGAACUGGGUUUGCCGUCGGUCUUAUGCUUUUCUCGAUGUAUGCUAUGUACGCUUUGAGCACGUACGCGGGCGGUCAGUUCAUCCUACAAAGCAGAGAAGCGCAUCCUUUCUGCAGAGAUCCCGCUCAAGCUACCAAUUCGGAAUGCUUCACUGGAGGCAAGAUCGUGCAAACCAUAGUUGCUGUGUUGCUGGCUUCUGUGACCCUUGGUGCCGUCGGUCCUGCGUUCGGUAAUGUUGUUGCAGCUCGGCAGGCUGCAGCAGAAAUCUAUGAAAUUAUUGACACGGUUCCUACCGUGGACUCCUUUUCAGAAGGAGGGCACAAAGACACAAUCAAGGGAAAGAUUGAAUUCAAGAAUUGUACGUUUGCUUAUCCGUCAAGGCCGGAUCAAGUGGUGUUGAAAGAUUUCAGCCUUACAAUCGAGCCGGGAGAAACUGUGGCUCUGGUUGGACCCUCUGGGUCAGGCAAGAGUACGAUCAUCGGGCUUCUUGAGAGAUUCUAUGACCUUGUAGAAGGAAGUGUGUUGAUUGAUGGAGUGGAAGUGAAGGAUUGGAAUUUGACGAAUUUGAGAGAUCAAAUUGGCCUUGUGCAACAGGAGCCGCAAUUGUUCGGUGCAUCAGUAAUUGAAAACAUUGCUAUGGGCGCCCCACAAUUUCGUCAGGGAGAUGUUCUGACGAGAAAAAUUGAAGGGAAGAUCGAAGAUGCAUGUAUUCAGGCAGCAAAAGCUGCAAACGCUCACAAUUUCAUUUGCAAACUUGCUGAGGGAUAUCAUACUCUGGCUGGCACCUCUGUCUCAUCUGUAAUGCUCUCCGGUGGACAGAAGCAACGAAUCUGCAUAGCAAGAGCAAUCGUAAAGGAUCCGAAGAUUCUGCUGCUAGAUGAAGCAACCUCGGCUUUAGACUCGGAGAGUGAAAGGAUUGUCCAGGAAUCUCUAGAUGACCUUCUGUACAAGGAUCAGAACCAUAGAUGCACAACUAUCAUGAUUGCGCACAGGCUCUCAACUGUGACCAAUUGCGAAAAGAUUGUUGUGUUGGAAAAGGGGAAAAUCGUUGAGAUGGGAACUCACACUCAACUGAUGGCAAAAGGGGAAGGUCUGUACAAAGCAAUGAGAGCCAUACAAGAUCUGGCGCACCAGGAGCAGAAAGCUCAUGUCGAAUCUGCGCUGGAUGGAUCCGAUGACCUGAAACGGACGCAGUCGGAAGGAGAGAAUGAGAAGUCCGAUGGCAAGAAGACGAAGAAAGAAGGGAAGGAUGCGAAGUUGAACAGUGAGCAACUUCUUCUAGAGGAAGCAAAGGAGCUACCUCCUGUCCCUCUAUCGCGCAUAUGGGACCUGCAGAAGGAUAACUUGCCGUUGAUCGUGAUUGGCUGCCUUGGGUCACUUACUAGUGGAACCAUUCAGCCCAUCUUUGCCUUGUUGUAUUCAUCCAUCAUUUACACGUACUUCAAUCCCGAUGAUAAUGCAUUGCGGGCCGGGAUCAACAAUUAUGUUGGAUAUUUCUUCUUGUUGGGUUCUUGUGCUCUGCUUGCUGCCUUGACGAGGAUUGCCAUCUUUGUGGGUCUUGGAGAGCAGCUGACAAGAAAGCUUCGCUUCCUAUCCUUCCAAUCUACUCUCCGGCAGACCAUGUCCUUCUUCGACGACCCCAAGAACUCCGUCGGUAGGCUCACCACUCGACUUGCAAGCGAUGCUACCCUCGUGAAAGGGGCGACAGGAGAUUCUCUAGGGCUGAUGCUGGAAGGGUUCUCUUCCCUUGUAACUGCGCUGAUCAUUGGCUACACCGCAUCCUGGAGGCUCGCGCUCAUUCUGACGGCUAUCUUUCCGUUGCUCAUUGCCGGCUCAGUCUUCGAAUUCAAGAGGUUCACCCGUCAGACUAAGACCGCGAACAAGUCCACAGAGCGAGGUGGAGAGAUCCUGGGGGACGCGGUGACGGCGAUCCGGACGGUCAGCGCUUUCAAUCUGCAGCAAGACAUGGUGGCACUCUUUGACGAUUCUCUCAUCCAACCAUUGGAGGAAGGGAAGCGGCGAGCUAUGAUUCAGGGCAUCGGCGCAGGCUUCAAGCAGUUUGUCUUGAUGAACGCGUAUGCCUUGACUUUCUGGUCAGGCUCAGAGUUUAUCAAGAGGGGGGAGCUCGACUUCAAAUCGAUGAUGCGUGUCUUCUUAGGCUUCACGGUUGCCAGCGAGGGAAUCGGUCGAAUCACAGGCUCUAUGCCAGACAAUGUCAAAGCUCAGGCGGCAGCGCGCUCCAUCUUCUUCCUCAUCGACAGCUCCAAUGAAGGAACGGACGUAGACCCCAUGGACGACGAAAACGGAACGAAGCUCGACGCUCCGAUCUCUGGAAACAUAGAGUUCCGAGGCGUUUCCUUCAGCUAUCCUUCGCAUCCAGAGUUGAAAGUGCUCAAAGACUUUUCUCUCCAGAUUGAAAACGGGCAGACGGUGGCCCUCGUGGGAGAGUCAGGAAGCGGGAAGAGUACGGUGAUUCAGCUUGUGCAGCGCUUCUACGACUCGUCAUCUGGCGAUAUCUUGAUAGACGGUAGGAGCAUCCGAGAGUUCAACGUGACUUGGCUUCGAUCCAACAUGGGGCUCGUCCAGCAAGAGCCGAUGCUCUUCAACGACAGCGUGCAGUACAACAUCGGUUAUGGCGUGAAAUCGACAGUCAAGCCCGAAACCGAUCGCGGAGCACCUCCUGACAGGCAGGUCGUGGCCGAGCAGAGAAGGUCAUGCUUCCGCCGGAAUGCGGCCAGUGCGGAGGAGGUCGAUACCAGACAUGAUCCAUCGACAUGGGCUAAGGCCAGCGAGGAAGAGGUCCAGGCGGCCAAGGACGCCAACGCGUAUGACUUCAUCGCCGGCUUCCAGCACGCAUUUGCCACUCACUGCGGGUCGAGAGGCUCCCAGCUGUCAGGUGGGCAGAAGCAGAGGGUGGCAAUAGCGCGCGCUGUCAUUCGGAAGCCAAACAUCAUGCUCCUGGACGAGGCGACGUCAGCGCUUGACUCCAAGAGCGAGGCUGUGGUGCAGGAGGCGCUCGACAAGAUCUGCUCCUCUGGCACCGAGUCGAUGAGCUCGAAACCGACUACUCUCGUGAUCGCCCACAGGCUUUCCACCAUCCGCAACGCCGACAAGAUCGUUGUGCUCGAGCGCGGACAUAUUGUGGAGGCUGGGACACACAGCGAGCUCAUGCAGAAGCCCGACGGAGCUUAUCGGAAGCUAGCGAUGGUCCAGGUAUCGGGCGAGUAG